AUGCGGCUCUCUGAUUCCAAGAAUCCUCCUUUCUUUGGUUGCUGCCUUAUCCAAACCCGUCAAGGGGUGACUUUUCCUUCUCUUACUCUUUCUAAUUCUGUUAAAGAUUGGGCUAAAAAAUGGUUUGAUGUCCCAAAACCGGCUCCUUCUUUUUCUUCUGAUCUUUCUGUGACUCCGAGUUCUCUUCCUAUUUGGAAGGAUAAGCUUUCUGCUGCUGAAACUGCUGCUCUCAAGCCUGUACUCACCCGAGUUAAGGUUUUGCAGCAGUUGAGCUUAACUGGUAACUGCAUAGUUGCUAGUUUUUUGCGUCACCGGGUGCAGCCUCUUAUGCAGAGGGUGCACUAUGGUUUUGAAUAUACUGGUCCCUCAGAUCCUUCUCGGCUUGUUGCUGAUGCUGAGCUAACUGAGGAGACGAUUCUUGAACGUCUGGGGCGUAUUCUAGGGGGUGUUUCUGUGAUGCUUGCCCGGGUUGAUGAAUAUGAUGCUGCUCAUCCUCCUCCUACGGUAUGUGUAUGA